AUGAACGCCCGUUUCCUCCGUCCCUUUGCCAGGGCUGCCUUCCGCGCCCCCACGGCUGUCCGCCCGGCCGCCAUGGCACGCCCUGCUCUCGUCGCCAGCCAGACCAAGAAGACCGAGGUCAGCCCACAGCAGAUGACGGUCCUCAAGUCUGCUAUGCCCCAGCUCAUCCCCUUCUUCUUCGUCAACGAGACUACCGUGGCCUUUAUCCUCCUGCCAUCGCUCAUCUACGUCUUCUCCAAGUACAUCCUGCCCCAGCGCGUGCGCCUGUUCGCUGCCCGCCUCUUCAUCAGCAAGUUGUAA